UAUGACGCAGGACACGCGGAAGCUGUUUACCUCUGUGUACGUUAGUGGGUUAGCCGCCGCUAACCGAGCGGGAGGUUUUUUCGCCAUUUAAGUGUUAAUAAUCGAUUAAAAUCAGACAUUUUAUGUGUCUUGUAGUUCGUCAGAAUGGGAAAAGCAGAUUUUCUGUCGCCAAAGGCGAUAGCCAACAGGAUAAAAUCCAAAGGGCUCCAGAAGUUGAGGUGGUAUUGUCAGAUGUGUCAGAAACAAUGUCGAGAUGAGAACGGCUUCAAAUGUCACUGCAUGUCAGAGUCCCACCAGAGGCAGCUGCUGCUGGCCUCAGAGGACCCCAACAAGUUCAUGGACUAUUUCUCAGAUGAGUUCAAAAAUGAGUUCCUGGAGCUGCUCAGGAGACGUUUCGGGACCAAACGCGUGCACAACAACAUCGUCUACAAUGAAUACAUCAGCGACAGAGAGCACGUCCACAUGAACUCCACACAGUGGGAGACUCUCACCGACUUCACCAAGUGGCUCGGCAGGGAAGGUUUAUGUAAGGUCGACGAGACCCCCAAAGGCUGGUACAUCCAGUACAUCGACCGCGACCCGGAAACCAUCCGCCUCCAGGAGGAGCAGGCGAGGAGGAAGAAGGCGGACCUGGAUGAUGAGGAGAGGAGCGCCAAGUUCAUCAACGAGCAGGUCCGAAGAGGCCGCGACGGAAAGGAGGUGGAGGAAACACCCGUCUUCACCGAGCUGAAACGUGAGAGUGAAGAAGAAAAAAUUGCUUUCAACCUGGGCGCCUCUGCAUGUGUUGCCGGUCCGUCCAAAUCCAGUUCUGCUCUUGGUGCCAGCGCUCUCAAAGCAGCAGCAGUAGCAGCAGCAGCGUCCACCAAGAGGAAAGACGCCGCCUCCGACUCCCGCUCAGAGAAGAAGAAGAAAUCUGCUCUGGAGGAGAUCAUGGAGAUGGAGGCGAGGAAGAAGAAGAAGCUGGACGCGGUCCGAACAGAUUACUGGAUGCAGCCGAACAUCGUGAUCAAAGUCGUCACCAAGAGACUGGGAGAGAAGUACCACAAGAAGAAGGGUGUCGUCAUGGAGGUGCGAGACAAAUACGCAGCGGUGGUGAAGAUGAUCGACUCAGGAGACAAACUGAAGCUGGACCAGAAUCAUGUCGAGACGGUCAUACCGGCACCAGGUAAACGGGUUCUGAUCCUGAACGGACCGUACAGAGACGUCGAGGCGGUGCUGGAGGGAAUAGACGAAAAGAACUUCAGCGCUACACUCACGCUCGAAACUGGUUCACAGAAGGGGAAGAGGGUCGACAUCGCCUACGAGGAUUUCUCCAAACUGGCCUGAACCAACAACCUCCCCCGUUUUAAUCUCAGGGACUCUACUGUGUCAGAGUAACUUCCCUAAAAGUCACCUGUACAUACACACACAUCCCACAAUGCAUCACACAAAUAAACACUGAGUAAUUUGUUCAAUUAAUUUUUUUUUUAUUUUGUAUCGAUGUUCAAGAUCUUUACAUUGCAGAUGUACAUUUUUCUCCUAAUAAAUUCAACAAAAGUGA